AUGGAUAUCGCGACGUUUUAUACCUUCCUGUACAUCUUAUGGGCGGUGCCAACGGCGCUCUUCUCCAGCGCAGGGCGCUCAUCUACAGGGAUCUCCCAGUUCAAAGUUCAUUCGCUACCCGAUAGCGCACCGUUGCCCCCCAGCUGGGCAGGAAGGCUUCCGAUUCCCGACACCGAGGAGGGAAAUGCCCUGUUCUUCUGGCUAUUCGAGGCGGAAGACUCUGCAUACGACGAGAACCUCAUCAUAUGGUUCAACGGAGGCCCAGGCUGCUCAUCCUUAAUCGGCCUCACAACAGGCACCGGACCCAUCUUAUUCAACGGCACCUCAACACAGCUCGUGCGCAAUCCCCACUCAUGGACCAGGCUCGGCCACGUCCUCUACGUCGACCAACCGGCCGGAACCGGUUUCUCGACCGCAAGUACUCCAUACCCGGUGCAAGACCAGGACCGCGCGACAGACGACUUCUACCGAUGGCUGAAAUCGUUCCUGACGCGCUUCUCGCACCUGCGCUCCAAGCGCAUCCAUCUCAUCGGCGAAUCCUACGCCGGCAUCUACAUUCCCUACCUCGCGGCGGCUAUCCUUGACAACAACAACUCCUUCCCCAUCGAUCUCCGCUCGAUCUCCCUCGGCGACGCCACCAUCGGUAACCCCGCCGCUAUGUCCGCCGCCACCAUCGCGCCCUACCUGCGCGCACAGCGCGACUUGCUCCGCAUGCCGGACAAGAUUCUCUCCGCAUUUAACCAGGCGGAGCACACCUGCGGUUACGACAAGCUCGUACACGAAGCGAACCACUUUCCCCCGCAGGGGAAGUUCCAUGUCCCCGGCAACCCGGAGAACCUCAACUUCAGACGCGAUGGGCUGCAGCAGCAUCAAGAGGGGGCGAACUACCGGCGCGGUCUCGGCACCCUCUAUAACGAAACAUGCGACAUCUACCCCACGUCGAAAGAAACAGUCCUAGCAUCCAUCCUCAACUCCACCUGCAACGGACCAUGCGCAACCUUUGCCACAGCCAUCAACUACCUAAACACAGCAGCAGAAGCAUCCGCCAACGAAACAGACCCUCCAGACACAGAGAAUGCAACCUGCUUCGACAUCUACGACAUCAACAACGACUGCAACACCAUCGACCCCCUCCCCCUCCAAGCAACCUACUUCAGCCGCCCGGACGUCCAAAAGGCACUAAACCUGCCCGCUGCCCCUACCAGAGAAUACAGCCCCUGCAACAAAACCAUCCUCGACACCCUCCUCGCCGAGCAACCCACACCACCCGCCUACAGCCUCCUCCCGCGCAUCGCGACAAAGCACAACCUCCCCGUGCACGUCUACUCCGGCGAAUACGACAUGCUCAUCAACCAUAUCGGCACGGAGCUCGCGCUCCAGAAUAUGACAUGGAAGGGGGCGCAGGGGUUCUCGCGGCCUUUGAAUAGUAGUGUGUUCUAUGUGGAUGCUGCUGCUGGUGGACCGGCUGGUUCCGACUGUGGAGGUGGAGGGGGGGUAUCAGACUGCGAGGAGGCUGGGACAUGGGUCUCUGAGCGUGGAGUCAGUUAUCAUCUGUUUCGCGGGGCGGGACAUACUGUUUUCGCUAAGAAGCCGAGGGAGAUGUUUGCUUAUGUGCGGGAUGUAGUUGUUGCUGGGUGA